AUGGUAAAAGUAGGGGGCCGCCGCACCCAGAAGAUCCACCGAGACGACCUGUGGCUAGCAGCAGCGCUCGGGGACCCCCCGCCCGACGAACCCGAACACAACAACAUCGCGGGCAGCCCAGCCACUGAGCCCGACGUACUCAGUUCCGAGGUAACCCCCGGAGCCGCAGCGUCCAAUGAACCUAACCACACCAAUUCCGCUAGCCACACGGCCGCUGGGCACGAUGCGCUCAGCCCCAACAUGCCACCGCCAUGUAGCGAGGUCUCCGGACGCGAGCACUCCUCGCCCCAAGCGGGCUCGACGGCCGAUCACGCUACACCACAAAGACAGAGGAGAAACCGGCAAGGGCCACCCAGACUCCGAAUCACGGAGGUGACGUCCCCAGUGCUCGGGGACCCCAGCGAAGGGCCGCCGGACGCAGCCCCUAUAGUCACAGAACCAGACGAACCCCAGAGUGAGGGCGCGAGCGGGCCCCGACGGAGGCGUCGACGGCCAGAGAGGAGACGCCGGGCCCCGGCACACCUGGCCGACUACGACCUGGCCAUCCUCAUCGCACCAUGCGCCGCGGCGGCGCCCACCGGCCCAGCUGCCCCCGCAGCUGCCGAGGCGGUGCCCGCCCGCGCCACCACGCCAUGCGCUGCGGCGCCGCCCGCCGGCCCAGCUGCCCCCGCAGCAGCCGAGGCGGCGUCCGCCCGCGCCACCGCGCCAUUACAACCAUGUAUUCAGGUGCUGUAUCUACCUAACGUUACCACCUGGCGUCGGGGACUGACAGGGCAGAACCGGGCUUCUCUGGUGGUGGGGGGGGCGUUUGACGUCGUACCGACGCUACCUUCAGCCGGUUCUCACCCGAUCAGUGACCCUCCCGUUCGAAGCGCGCCCCAGCCAGAUCCGGAACGAGUGAAGUGA